UCGAGAUGCUGUCGUCUACAAUACUUGUCUGUGUUCCGUUUAUCUUUGCUUUUUCAUUCACGACGUUGGCGACCGAUCAAAUGUCCACAGCAAUGACAAACCAUGAGGGAGGAGAAGGGGGUCAUUAUACGUACCCUACAGGAGGAUAUAAAUAAUCUAAAAAUAGAACAGGCUUCAACUCUACACCAACUGUCAUCGACGCUUAGUCAUCUGUCUUCUACUUUGUCCCAAGUGGCCGAUUUACAGCAUGAACAGAACGCUCUUCGACAGGAGCUAAGGAAAGAACAAAAUCAGCGCCUCACGAUCCAGGAAGAAGUUAAUAGACUAAAAAGUAAAGGAUGUCAAUGUGACAAUUCAUCACGUAACAGUACACUUCUACCUCACGAUAUUCAGACUGUGAAAGAAGCGAUAACAUUUGAUUUACAGCUAGAAAUGAAACAGCAAAACGAUAGCAUCAUGAGUGAGAUGUCCAGGAUGGAAAAGGAUGUCAGAGACGUAAAAGCAAAGAUUAGAGCAACAGCCAUGACAAUAUCUGGGUUGGUCUCUUCAGUUUCAGAUCUUCAAACUCAAAUCUACUUUUCUGCCGGAACCAUUCGUGACGUUAACAAGCAGUGGAAGACAAAUGAGAUAAUUGUUUUUCCCCACGUCCUGGCGAAUGUCGGCGGAGGUUAUGAUGCAUCAUCCGGUGUCUUCACAGUUCCAAAAUCUGGCGUAUAUGUCUUAACGUGCUUUUUGUCGACACAUUCCAGCUCAAUGUACGCAAAGUUAAUUUUAAACGGAAAUCCUGUAGUUGGAAUCACGGCCGUAACAAACGAUGUCAGCGAUGUUGACACUGGGGGUAACGCAAUGGUGUCUCGAUUUCAACAAGAUGACAGAAUCUGGAUCCAAUUCUAUAUAGGACAUUUUUUAUGGACGAUGUCAGAUGCUUCAGUCUCAACUUUUUCCGGAUUUCUUCUUUAAAAAUUACAAAUUUCAAAAAUUCAAAACAUUAUCCUUAACAGAACUGUAGAAUAUGCAUAAAACGUCGUUUGAUUCAACAAUGUACAGCUAUGGACCAGGUACAAGGACAAUAACUGUCUAGUUUGGUCUGAAAAUAUUUUGCCUGACUUUGAACACUAAGUACAAUUGAAAUAUUCGACGAUCAAACAAAACAUGCAAGCAAAGGAAAUGCCAUACAUAUACAUACAUUUUUAAGUGUUUUAAAAUAUAUUAUUUCAUUUUCAUAUUUUAUGUCGAGUGGACCACUAAAUCUGCUUUUGUUCGAACAUCUACUGGGUAAAUACAUCUUUAUUAUGCCGAACACAGAUUACAUGUAUUGUAUACAUAUAUUAUGUUCCACACUUCAAUAUACCUUAUGGUUAAUGACAGUAAUAAAAGCAUCUCAGUACACCACAACGGUAGACACCAAGUGGAAAACACGCAAACAAAACAGCAUUAACUACAAAAAUACACUGUUAUAACAAAGUAUAUUUUGACACACCGGAAUACUCUAUGAAGGUCUAUACCGUCGACAAGGAAAUCCUAUAAAUAAAAACAAAAUUGUAAUUUUUUUGUAAAAUUGUUUGAAAAUAUUAUGUCAAUUCUCAUGUACAUCCGCGACCAAAAAGUUAUAAGUAAGCAAAAAUGAGUGACGGAAGGCAUACUAUAAAACCUGGCCUGGCCCCAUUGGCCUGGCCUGGCCUCAAAAUUGGCCUGAUCCCAAUUUUGGCCUCUAAUUAUGCUCCAUCCCAAAUUUUGGCCUCGCCUCAAAAGUAUAUAAAUGUAAUUAGUAUAAUUAACAUUUUCUUUGUUAUCAAAUGAGUUAAAAAGUGAGAUAUGUUUCCCUACUGCCCUUUCCCUCAAUCCAUAUUACUAUAUAUAACAUAUAGUACUAUAUAAUUUAAACAUGCAUGCAUACUAUACCUGUCUAUCACUUUUGCUGUAUUGGGAUUGGAUAUGAUCAAUUUGAGGGUUUCAGAUGGUUUGAUCAUCCAGUGUAUAUUGCCAUUUUUAUCUUCAUUCUGCAAAGGAAUAGUGAUAAAUUUCUGAUAAUAUAAAGUAACAAAAAAACAAGGGACGUUAUUUGCCAAAAUUGGCCGCGCUUCAAAAACCGAUGAUAUUUUGCAGGUAGAAAGGUGAUAAUUUUCUCGUUUCAUUCAUAUAUAACAUGUACCAUUUACUUGUUGCUGAUAUUGAGAAAAUAAUGCUACAAUAUUGCAUUGUUAACUCUGAAGCUAUCUUUCGACGGUCGCUUUUUCGGAACGACGUCAUCGAUCUUAUAGGAUUUGCAGUCGCCUGAUUCUUCUAGAAUAUUUUUCUAAAAGUUACAAUUUUAACUUUUCAUAUAAAAAUACUCAUUGAGAUCAAAGACUAUUGAAAACUGGCAUGCUAUGGAAAAUACAUUAUUCAUUUACAUCUAACUUUAUUGUGGUCAUAGACAUUUUGCGGAAGAAUUUUAUGUUAAUUAGAGUGAGGAAAAUAAUGCGUUUAUUUGUCAAAAAUUGUUGAGUAGAACGCAAUCAUAUUUUCGAAGGUGCUGUUCAAUGUCCUCCUAUUCAAAUGAAAUAUGGAAAAUAAAAUGGCUCUUGAAUUUUC